GCCCGCAGCCAGGGCUGCAAGGACAUCGCCUGGCAGCUGGUCCACAACGUCGACAUCAACGUGAUUCUGGGGGGCGGUCGAAAAUACAUGACCCCCGUGGGGACGCCAGACCCCGAGUACCCCACCUACAACACAGAGAACGGGAUACGUGAGGACGGGAAUAACCUCAUCAACAUGUGGCUGGAGGGUGCCCGCUACGUCUGGAACAGGACAGAGAUGCUGGCGGCUGCCGCCGACCCCCGCGUGGAUUAUUUGAUGGGUCUCUUUGAACCUGGGGACAUGAAGUACAACCUAGUGCGUAACACCACCCUGGACCCGUCGCUCACUGAGAUGAUGGAGGUGGCCAUCACCAUCCUGAGCAGGAACCCCAACGGCUUCUACCUCUUUGUGGAAGAUAAGCAUCCAUCUGCAGGUGGCAGGAUCGACCAUGGCCACCACGACGGUGCAGCCCAUAAGGCACUGACGGAGGCGGUGGAGUUUGACCGAGCUGUCGAGAGGGCAGGCGCCCUGACAGACGAGGCACAGACCCUCACCGUCAUCACUGCUGACCACUCGCACGUCUUCUCCUUCGGUGGCUACACCCUGCGUGGCUCCUCCNNNNGAGGUCUGGCCUCCAGCAGAGCCACUGACAAGAAGAACUACACGUCCAUCCUCUACGGGAAUGGGCCGGGCUACCCAGGCACCAGCCGGACUGACGUGGAUGAUAACACAGCAGAGCAGUACGACUACAAGCAGCAGGCAGCCGUGCCCCUCAGCUCGGAGACCCAC